AUGUAUAAUGAACCACCGGAUUACUUAUCUGUUCAGACCGGGCAAGCUUGGGAUAAUCCACUACUUAUGCCCCUUGACAACAGCCAACUACUUUACAUUCUGCUCAAUUUUCAGGAUUCAAACUCAUUCCUCACAAACGAUAACUCCAAAUCAUUCAUAGGAAGAAACCAUGGAAUGUGUAGCGAAAAGGAAUAUAACCAGAAGGUACAAAUGAACACAGCAAAUGACCUGGAACGUGACGCAUCAAGAAAUGUAAACCCGAAACUCACACUAAAAAGUUUCCAGAGGUCAGAUGCAUUCAGAACAUUUAAACCCGAAGAUGUUCGCCCAGCCUUUUGGUGCCGUAGAACCAUUUAUUACUCACUUUCACAUUUUGUCGAUGCUGAUAUCAACCGCAAGCCAUAUUUGAUGGACAAACCCUUUGGAUACAUAGAUGUGUAUAAUUUUCUAAGAGAUAGACUAAGGAGUAUUUGGCAGGAUUUAACAGUGCAACGCUGUACAAAGCACCGAGGAUAUAUUGAGUCAUUUGAGAUCAGCAUACGUUUCCUAAUUUACUCAAAUGAAUUAUUAUCGCAAAAUGAUGAAUACGAUGAGAAGCAAAACCUCGUGUUGCUUAACACAUGCCUGGAUAAGUUAAUGAAUGGCUAUGAUGACGUAAGAGCCUCGCUUGGCAGAGUUCAUGGUAGUAAUCCACUAGGUGAUGGUAAGUGUUUGAAUUUGGAUAAUAGACUGUAUAACUUAGUGCUAAGUACAUUAACAUAUAUGUCACCGCAUGAGGCUGAAUUCUGGUCAUAUCGGCUACUACUCCUAAUACCUCAGAUACUGACUCCAGGAAGUUCUGCUACCUUUUGCGACACAUGCCAGAGGAUGCCAGUUGAAAUUAAGAGACAUCCGCUUGUAAAGUAUUCAAUAUCAUCAUGCCUAGCGGCUGUUUCAGGAAACGUAUACCUGUACUUUAAGCUGAUGAACAACCCAAAGUGCCACCCGCUCCAAGCGGCACUGAUGAACCGUUUCUCUUCAUGUGUAAGAAUUAGAUUUUUGUUCAACAUUUCCAAUUUUAAAUUAGUUAAGGACUCAGUUAAUCCACUUAACUACGAUACACUAACGCAACUCUUGGGCUACGAAGAUCUCAAUGGAGUUGUUGAACUAUUGCAGAGAUAUAACGUGAAUGCCAGUAAUGUGACAAAGGGGUCAGACCUGGUGGAAUUGGAAAAGGUUGACAUGGAAAAAUUAAUACAUGAUAAUAGUUACCUGUCAAAAGUGUGCGGAAAGGUACAGACGACUAGCAGAGUAGUUCUGGGGAAGUUUUCAGGGUAUAAAUAUAGGCAGCUGAUUAUGGACCCAGAUUUCAGAGCGCCAUCCAUAACACCACAAGAUAUUCCCUCCAACAUUCAAUAUAAUUUGGAAGAAAAGAAUGAAAGAGAUUUUAAAGUACCAGAUUUACCAACUACUGUGAACAUCCCAAAAAGUGAAUACAAUGAACAGUCUCAACCAGAUAAUAUAAAUAGGGUAGUAGAGCAGAUAAAGAGUCCAGAAUAUGUCCCAGAUGUUUAUAAACCUGCACCAGUAGAAGAAAAUUUUUUAUAUGGCGAAAAAAUAAGAUUGAAACUGAUGGAGCUGAGAAAACUCAAUAUGGUCAAGUUGGAACUGAACAAUUCAUCACCAAAUUUAUCAUUUGAUCAAAUUAACUCAAGACAGCUCAAUUCAAUUUUGAAUUUUUUCUACGCCAAUACAGAUAAUAGUGUUCGCAAGGUUAAAAGUAGUAAGGGAAUAGCCAGUAAUCAAAAGGAUAAUAACAUAAAUAUAUUAGUUAGUAGUAAAAAGAGGCAAAAAACUGGUGAAAAGAUAAAUGGAAAACAAAAAUUAAGUAAACCAAAUGAGAUAAAUUAUGGCCAUGUUAAAAGUAAUGAAAUAUACUUGAGCAUAGAGGGCAGUAAACUAUAUUUGGAAAGUGAAUAUAAUAAGGUAAAAUCGCAGUAUAACUUUACUAAAUACAAUAAUAUGUGUAAUGAGUGUGAUGAAAGAGUCAAGAUCAGAAUUUAUAAAUUCCUAUCGCAAUCAGUAACUAAAACUAAUAAGGAGCUAGGGCGAAAACUUUAUAGAUUGUUAUGUAAAUUAUCUAAGGUAUCCCAUAGAUUUGUGAAAAAUAAAGGAAAUUUUAAAACUUUGGUUAAAAUUUUCAAGCUCAUUUCCUCAAAGAAUUUCUAUAAAAUCGAUCCGAAAUCUUUUAAAUCAUACUUUAAGAAGUUUUUUAUCCCUUUGAUGUCAAAAGCACCCGGACAAAUUCUGAACAUUUUAUUAAAGACGAUUAAUGCAGUAACUAGUAUUAAAGAACAAGAAGUGCCAUUAAAUAGUAUAUUUAAGGAAAUAAUGGAAGUAUUUAGUAAUGAAGUGAAUACAAUUGUGAAUAAAACGUAUGAAGGAAUGGCUGAAGUGGUUGAAAAUAGUAUAGUGGAGUAUGACCCAGGCAUUUGGGGGAAUGGUGUAUUAUUACACAUUUCAUUAUUUAAUUUAUAUACGCCGGACCAAAGUAGUAAUGGACUAGGUGAAGGAGUUGGGAAUGGAAUAGCAAAUUUCAAAAAUAAUAUUCAGGAUUAUUUUAAUAAUAAUUAUUCAAUACACCAUAAACAAGAUAUAGUCAAUCUCCUUACAAAUAACACUAAAACGGUUAAUAAUUAUGAAAAUAUGGGUAAGAGGUUUGAAGUAGUAGAGGGAAGGGAUAUUAUGUCACAAAGAUUGUUAGUGAAUAAAGUAGAAUAUAGAAAUAAUACUAUGAAAAACAGUGUUAACAUACCUUUUGCAUUAAAUAUAUCAUUUAACGCUAAGGAUGCCGUUUUUUUAAAGGAAAUUUGCCUAAGUAAUGGCCUUAGUAACAGGUAUAUGGAGUCAUCAGGAAUGUAUAGGAUUAAUCCACAUGUUGUGUUAUUUUCGUGUACAAAACCAAUAAGCAUAAACAAUAAUAACUAUAUAUAUAACCUUUUCAACGGGAUUGACCCAGGAAAAAGGCUGCUUUUUGGUGAUGAGCUGUCAAUUAUCGAUUCAUUGACAAUUUUGUCUUAUUUGGCUAAUUUACAAGAUUUCUCAACCAAGAUUGUGGUGUGUUAUAGAUUAAACAUAGCAAAAUUGGAUAUGCUUCUGUUGCAUAAAUUAAUGAGUGGAUGCAAAAAUAGUUUUUGUACUCACAGAUCGGGAAAUCACGCUAAUUUAUUAAAUAAACUCAUUAACAAUGUUAACGAAGAGUUGUUAAGUUCAUUGAUUGAACAAGGAGUUGUACAUAAUACACCCAACGCAAUUAGACAGUCGAUAAACUUUUGUUGUACAGGGUUUGAAUACCGUACUUCUCUAAACAAUUAUACAUAUUAUAAUACCCCUAAUAAUAACUUAAAUGGAAAUAACAACAUAAAUAAUGAUAUAAAAGGAAUUAAAGAAACUCAAGAGAUAUUGGUGGCAAGAUUAUUAUACGAAGGAGACUUGAGAAAUGUAUUAGUUAGAGUAUGCAAAGAAGUUGUAAGAAGUGGAAGUGUUAGGCUAAUGCAAAACGCGGUUGAAUUGCCGAAUUUAUCUAAACUGCUGUUGGAUAUAAUAAAGGCGGAAAAUUACAUUAACGAGGUUCUGUUGAACCCCCAAGGACUGCUUUCAAACUCCUUACAGAAGGUCAUUAACUGUAUAAUCUUGAAAUUUCCAGAAGAGCUCUGGAAUUUGUAUGAUGGAGUUGGCGACAAAUUGGAAUGCUACUCAAAAAAUUCAUUAAUAACACUUUUAAUGAGUUUGAAAGAUAGAAUUAGAAGCACUCCACUUCCGAGAGUUAAUAAUAAUAGCCCUAGAAGUAUGGAAAGCAAGAAUACUGUUUUGGAGAGGUAUAUAGAGAGUGUAAUGGAAUGUUAUCGAAUAGAAGGAUACAAAGUGCCGUAUAUUAUAGCACAUUUCCUCAAAAAUAUUAAAAGCGUUUAA